GAUUAAUUUGUAAAUGGAAAGCAAAUAUGUUCUUUUCUUUGAUUUUAUUUUUCUGGCUUUACUGACAAACGUCAUAACACAGUUUAAUUACCCAGUUCAAAAGUCAUCGUCUCGUUAUUCCUUCACUGUUUAUCAUGAUAAAAAAGUAGAUGGCAGCACAAACAUGGUAGAAACACACAGAGAUUUUAAAGAUUACCUUGCCUGCAUUACAGCUUGCUUUAAUAAAGGUAUAAUGUGCAAAUCAAUUGACGUUGAAAUUGUGGAUAACAAUAAAUUUACUUGUCGGUUUUUCAAUGACGAUUCUCCUAAAAUAAAACAAACUGAAGGAUUUCUAUUUAUUUCUACAAAACCGCCGAACUGCUCUCAAAGUUGCAGUUUAACACUGGAUUUAUGCGGAAAAUGUGAAUGUAACCCGUCUUGUGCUGGGAGAAAUCGACGUCAGUAUAACUGUAAUUGCAAACAAGUUGCAGGAAUAGCAAGGAGUUGUCAAGAGCAUUAUGAUAAUGGUUUUACUAAAACAGGCAUAUUCAAAAUUAGUCCCACAAAUUUGGCAUUUGAAACUUUAUGUGAAAUGGAAAAACCUGAACAUCAAAAUCCUCAAGUUAUAGUGUUGAACAUGAACAGACGAAUUGCUACAUUAAAAUAUUUGCAAAAAGAGUAUUCAGUGUAUUUUAAGUUUAAACCUAUAUCAUACAAUGGCUUUUCAAAUGUUAUUCAUUUUACCACUGGAGUAGACUUAUGUUAUGGAUGUAGAAUUCCUUCUGUAUAUAUUGAACCUGCAGGAGAAUUGUACAUUUCUUCUGAAAUAAAUAACAAUUUUGAUUAUGCUGUACAUACGUCAAAAAUACCGCUCAAUCAGUGGUCAAGUGUACAAAUAUCACAAGUUCAAAAUAACGGAAGUUAUAUAUAUACAGUUUAUUUAAAUGGACAAACUGUAGCAAGUGUUGUAAAUAAUAAUCCACAAAUAUUUUCAAAUGUCGAUGUAUAUGGGACAGAUCCGUGGUGGAUAGGAGCAGUUGGUUUUAUUAAAGAUCUCAAAAUUAUAAAUGGAAAUGACACUGUAGAUUUGGUAAAAGUAGAAGGGCAUAUUUUAAUCAAAGAUAACUUGAUUACAUCCAUACCAUUACUUGAAAAAGAAUAUUCAGUUUCUUUUAAAUUAAAACCAAAGACAUUUUCCCAAAAUUGGAAAAGUGUUAUUCACUUGACUACUGGAAAGGAUAUUGAAGAAUAUGGAUCAAGAACUCCUGCUAUAUUUGUAGAUGAUAAUGGCCAAGGUAUAUUGCAAAUUACUUCUGCAAUUAAUGGAAAUAAAAACUAUUGCAUCUAUACUAAACCACUGCCACUGAAUGAGUGGUCAAGCAUAAAAAUAUCGCAAACUCAACUCAAUGAAACUUAUAUGUACACUGUGUAUUUUAAUGAAUUAAUGAUUUUUAGCAUUGAAAACACAAUGCCACAAUCUUUUUCUAAUGUUUUGGUGUAUGCUGCAAAUCCAUGGAAUACUGAACAGGAUGGCUUUAUCAAAGAUUUUAAAAUAACAAAUGGAAAUAAUAUUGUUCAACUUUAUAAAAAUGUAUGGAUUCCAAUAAUGACACGAUUCGCAAGUUGGGAACCAACAUUUUGGGAUAAGACGUUUAAGGCUUAUGAAGAUGGUUUUGGUUUAAUUAAUCAACAAUGGAUUGGUUUAAAAAAACUGAAUCAAAUUACAAGCGUUUUUUAUACAGACAUGAGAGUUGAUUACUUUGUAAGUGAAGAUAUAAAGUUAAGUACGAUGUAUUAUAAUGUAAUUGUUGGCUCAAGUAAUGACAAAUAUGUGUUAAAUUACGAUAGAUAUGAUCCUAAAAGCUUAAUUGAACCAGAUCAGCUAAACGCAAAUGGAAAAAAAUUUUCAGAUUGCAGUAUGUGGUGGACAGAUAUAUGUGAUAAAACUGGCUUUCCUACUUCAACAAACUUCAUAUCUUUUGGGUCAAAUCGACAAUUGGUUUCUAUUCAAUUUCUGUUACGCACAAAAAAAUAUAGAGAAACGUGAUUUGGAGUCUCAUAACCGAGCUUGUUUCUUUAUUUUACUGUUAUUUAUAUUAGAUGGUAUACAGACUUAUUUCGAAUUUUAAAUUCUAGAAAAUUACAUACACGAGUUAGAUCUAUACUUCAACGACCAACAUAACCAUGUUUCUUCAUUCAUAGGUGAAUUUUAUUCAGCAUCAAUUUCCAUGUUUCUACUGUAGCAGACUAUUUUCUCAAUAAUAAUCUAAAAUUUCUAAUAGAGUAUACAUCAAAUAAAAAAUCAGUUUUGGUUUGGCUAAAAAUCAUCAUAGCAAAACAAAGAAUCAUUUUUUUUUAUAUAUAAUAUUCAAAAGCGCCAAAAUUUGAAUUCGAAAAAACUAAAUAUUACAAUCUUUAUAUUUAAAAAUAUCACAUUAUGUUGUUUGUUUUUUGUAGUGUUGAUAAAUAAAAAGUAAACUGCAAAGCUUUUGAAAGCGUAAAGAUAGAACUAUUUCAUUAAGUGGUAUAAUUCGAAUAUUGUGUUUUUGAAUUUUUUUGUUUAUUUAAAACAAGACUUUAACAGAAUUUUCUUAUAUAAUUAUUUGUGUUAUAGAAAAGUUGAUUUAUAUAGAUUGCAAUCA